AUGCUAAAAAAAAGCGAUGAAUCGAAUAGAAUAUUAAAGAAGAAGCUAAACAAUGACAUAACAAACAUUUUAUUACUUUUUGAAAAAGUUCAGGAGUGGGCAGAUUUAAGUAAUAUAUUACAGAAAUUGUAUUUGACGAUAGAAAAGUAUGAAACAUUUGUUGAUAUAUCAUCCAAGUUUUUAUUAUUUAGGCGGUUGUCACAAUGCUUAAAUCCAUUAUUACCCUCAGGUGUACAUUCGAAGGCAUUAAUAAUAUAUUCAACCAUAUUUAAAAAAGUAGAAAAAGAUUUCUUUAUUAAUAAUAUUCAUGUUCUCUGUUCGGGAAUAUUUGAAUUUAUGUUACAUUGUACAAUUAAUUUAAAAACUAUAUAUUUUAAAAAUAUAAAAAGUAUACUAAACUUAAGAGAAAAUGUGUAUGUAUUUGCAUACGCGUUGUUACUCUCACUUUUCAAUGUUGUAGAUAGUGAUAACAAUAUACUGUUAUAUAUAUAUUCAAUAAAUAAUUACAUAGGGGAAAGUAUAUUUUUUAACAAUAUAUGGUUACUGUUAUUAAGGCAUAAUGAAAUUAGAACAAAUAUAUUAAAUUUUUUAGAAACAUCAUUUAGCCCUCAAAUAUAUUUGCUUUCUAAAGAAAGAAUUAAGGUACUAUUACCAUAUAAAGAUGAUCUUGUCUUAUCAUCCAUAAUUUUUUGUUUAAAUGAUAAAAAUAUAUUAAAUCAGCGGAUCACCUUAAGUUUGUUAAUAAACAAUUUUCCUUUAUCUCAUGUUAAUAAUAAAAGCAGAAAAAAAAUAAUUGAUAAGAAUAAAAGCACUGAUUAUAGGAUAUCUACACGAUCUUGUCCUGAACCGCAUCAACAGUAUCAGAAGCAGCAUCCCGAAGAGCAUCAAAAUAACAAUAGUAGCAAUAGUAGUAAGGACCAACGUGCUGAAAAUAAUGUAAGCGCAUCCGUUAUUCUAAGUAAUGAAAAUAAAAGCGUAUCAUUUCAAGAUAAGGCAUACAGUUUACAGUUAAAUGAUGAGUACUUACUUCAGGAUGGUAAGAACAAGGGUAGUAGUGAAAGGAAUGAUGACAAUGAUAGUGGUGUUAGCGGCAUUAGCGGACAUAGGAACGACAGAAAUGAUGACAAUCAUAACAACCAUAACAAUAAUGUACAGAUGCACGUACGAUCUAAUUUGCUCGAUGAAGGUGAGUAUGACGUGAGCAGCUCCAUUGCAGGAGGAGGAUUGGACGAACGAGGUGCUGGGGAUAAAAUGAGAAUACUAAAUGAUGAACAGUGGAAUAAUUUAGAUAGCAAGGUGUUAAAUUAUGAACAGGAUAAUGUUUCUUACAAAAAUCAUCUAACAUUUGAUCGGAUUGACAAAUGUAAUAAUAAUGAAAAAUUUAACACAAACAUUGUUUUUGAUGAUCGUGAUAAUAUGAAUGUUAUCGAGGACAAGUAUGAUGGUUCAGGGGGAAGGAGGGGUAACAGGGGAAACGUUGAGAUGAGCUCAAAUUAUGGUGGGGUGUACAACUAUGAUAACAGCGAUAGCAACAAUAGAAUGAGUAACAGUGGUGGGGUUAGUUACAGCAUGGGGGGUAAUGGCACUAAGAGGGAAGAGACUUAUGGAGGGUCUAAAUUGGAAGAUGGUAAAAAAGUAAGGUAUGAUAUGGAUAACCACAAUGAUACAAGUAGAGGAGAAAAUAAGGAGGAGGAGUAUAGCAAUAUAUGGAGAAAUGAAGAAAGCGAAACGUCAAAUGAUGUACUUUUUAACGAUAUCAGCAAAAAGAUAAUUACAAGGAAUGUAAUAUUUUUAUUACAAAGAUCAGACAUUGGUUUGAAUAGAAGAAUUUUUAAAUAUUUGUAUUUAUAUGAGACUAAUGAUGAAAAGAAUUUUAAAGAUAGUAUAAAUUAUGAAAAUUAUAAAAUAUUUUAUGAAACAAUCAUUGAUAUGUUGGAAAAUAAAUUUAAUGAUAAUCAUCUGAAUGUGUCGGAAGUUUUAUAUAUUUUAUUUAAAAAUAAAGAUUAUGUAUAUGUAAAUAAAUAUAUUAUGGAAAAUGUAUUUUUAUAUUUAUUAAAAUUUUGUUAUAGGUAUAGAACUAAUAAAGAGAUUAAAAUAUUUUUUAAAAAUGUGUUAAAUUUAAAUUUAAUUAGUUAUGAAAAUAUUAUGAAUGUAUUUUUACAUACUUUUUAUUUUUUAAAAAAUAAUAAUGUACUGUUCAGAAAUAAUAUAUAUAUAUAUAUAAAAAAAUUUAUUAACUUAUUAAAUAUUAUGACAUUUUUUGUUGAAUUUAUAAAGCAAAUAAGUAGACAUUUAUAUAUAUAUUUUUUAUUUUUGUUUAAUACUGCAAUAUUGAAGCUUUUAAUGUUUUUGAAUAUGCGCAUAGUAAGCAUUAUAAAGAAGUAUAGUCAUGUAAAAGAUUUAAAUGAGAAGUAUUUUAUAGAUUCAAAUGAUGUGGUAUCCGGGAGGCACAGCGCUUUGUAUUAUUUUUAUUUUUUUGUUACGCAUUAUAACAACUAUUACAUGAAUAAGUGCUUUAUAUUUUUAAUAAAGAAUGGUAUAUACCAGCGUCUCUUGAUGAAAAGAGGAGGAGGGGGGGACUACGGCUCUGUGGGUGCGCCUGCGAUGUGUUCAUCGAUUGUUGCAAGUGGUUACAGCGCUCGGAAUGGCGUAUUAGCUGUAGCUGCGUCCAACAUUGGAGGUGGUGCUAAUAGUGGAGAUCCUUCAACUCAGUGGAGUAAAGCAGAAGUAAGCAGCAGUUUUGUAAUAGAAGAAAACAAAAUGAAUGUGCAAAAAAUGGGGGAUGUGAGGGCAUAUGAUUCGGUCCUUUACGGAAAGAGCAAUUCUGAGCAAUAUAGUAACGAAAAGGCGAACAUAAAGAAGGAGCGGCUUGAAAAUGAAAGCAGCGGUAUCUAUAGUGGAAAUUAUAGUGCCAAUUAUAGUGGAAAUUAUAGCGGCAAUUAUAGUGGCAAUUGUAGCGGCAAUUAUAAUGGCAAUUAUGAUGGCAAAAGAACAAGUAGCAGUAACAGGCGUAGCCAUAACCUCCUCAGCGGUAGUAAUAGUAAGGGGGUGUUGCCGAACAAUAGGGGUUACUACUAUGAGAGGGCUUCCAUGAAUGACAAUAAUAAAGUAUAUGAGAAAAGCAGUGGAAGCACAAUGAGAAUAGAAAAUGAUGAAUAUUUUUUAGAAAUUUUAAUAAAAUAUAGACGUAGGUUGAAGUAUAAUUUAAUUGAUGCAAUUAUUAAAAACAUGGAUUUAUAUUUUUUUACAAAUAAUUAUGAAUGUAUUAUUUUUUUAUUUUAUAAUUAUCAUAUGUUAGUUGACAAGGAAAACUUGAGUGGGAGUUGUUAUUAUUUUCUAAGACAUAUUUUAAAAAAUUGUACUAGCGAAAAUAAAAAUAAAUUUUACUUUUGGUGUUUUUUAUAUCUGCACGUGGUAAGGAUAAAUUUUAACAAAUCAUUGCUUAAGAAUUAUAAAAUAAAAGGAAUAGCUUUUCAAAAGUUGUACAAAAGACAGAGAAGAAAAUUAGAGGAUAUCACUUAUGUUAGAGAUAAGCAGAUUCGGCUUCUUAGGAAUAAUGGAAGCAAAAAUAUUUUUAGGGAUGAAAAUUUAAAUGAUGAUGAAUAUAACGAGUUUAAUGAGUAUAACGAUGAUAAUGAUGAAGACGACAGUGAUGACAGUGAUGAUGAUAAGGAUGAGAGUGAUAACAGUGGGGAUGAUAAAGAUGAGAAAGAUUUAAAAGGUGAAUUGAACGAAAUGAAAUAUUUAGAUGAGUUAACAGAUAAUAAUAUGAACAAAUAUCAUAAUUAUUUUAGUAAUACAGAACAAGAAUUACUUUUUAACAAAAAUUUUGUUGAAAAUAUUUUAGUAUACUCAAACAAAAUAGUAAAUCAUAUAUUUAAUUAUAUUAUAUUAUUAAAAAAGAAUAAAAAAUUUAUUAGAUUAUUUUUUGAUAUAAAUUAUUUAUAUUUUUUUUGUGAUAAUAUAUACUGUUUAAAGAUUUUAAGAAAAAGCUUAAAAAAUAAAAAUACAAGCGAAUUAACUAUAAAUGUUAAGGUUAUACUAGAAUAUAUAAUUAAUAAUAAAACGAAUGAAUAUCAUAUUAUUCAUUCCAAUUUUUAUAAUUUAACACAUGAUAUAUUUAAACUUUAUAAUAAAAAAAAUACUCUUAUUAAUUAUUAUCUUGUGAAAUAUAUUAAAAGUAACAAGAAAAAUCUUGCUUAUAUAUUUGACAAUAUAAUUAUUAGUAUGUUCGAUUUGAUAACAGAAAUUGAAAAUUUAUUCCUUGCUGAAGAAAUUGACCGUGCACGCAUGAACAGCUUGGUAUCUGUAGAUGAUAUAAGUACAGGAAAUGUAGUAAGCAACUUAGGUGCAUCUCUCAACGUUUCCAGUGGUAGAAGCGUUUCGCAUGGGAGAAACGUAAGGUAUGUAAAUCGUAGUGGGUGCACUGAUAUGAUCAACCAGAGCCACGAACAGUUGAACACGAACACAGAUCAGCAGAGCAUGAUGAUGAUGACGAUGCGGAGUAAUAACGAUAGAAAUGGUAUUAAGGGUAGUGUUAAAAGUGGAAUAAAAAGUAGAAUAAAAGGCGGUAUUAAAAAUAGCGCUAAGAGUGGUGUUAAGGGCAGCGUUAACAGCAUUAACAACAACAAUAAUAUCUAUAACAGUAAAAACAAUAGUAAUGGCUAUGAAAGCGGGAACGGAAGUGAGAACAACAACAGCAGUAGUAACCACAACAGCAGCAGCAACCACAACAGCAGCAGCAACCACAACAGCAGCAGCAACUACAACAGCAGCAGCACCAUGCGCAGUUAUGAGAAGUACUUGAAAAAGCUCAAAUGCAAAUUCGACUACAUAAACUUUUUCUUCUGCAAUGUGGAAAAUUUCAUGUAUUGGUUAUACAAACAAAAGGUGAGCAAGAAAAUGUACAAUGCUAGAAGUAAGAUGACCUUAUCGAAUUAUGAAAAGAACAUGGCCAUAAUAAUUUGUUAUAUAUGUACAGAAGGUAAUAUAAAUUCUUUUUUUUUUCGAAAUUAUUUGGAUGUAUUUUUUAUUUUAUUUUUAAAAAUAAUAUAUUUAAAUGAAAAUAUAAGUGAACUGAACAACAGUGGUAACAACAACAUAGUACAAAAGGAAAAGAAUUCGUUAAAACAUAACAGUCUACUUGAAUUCAAGAGAGAUAUUAUUAACAUGUUAAUAAAUUUGUUUAAUAUUAGUCAUUACAAAAAAUUUGAAUAUAUGAAAAUAUUAAAUUAUUAUUAUAGAUUAAUAAUUCAUCAUUUUUUAUUCUUAUAUUAUUAUUUUACUGUAAAGAAGUACUACAUUUUACAGAUACAACUAAUAAACUUUAUUAGAUAUGUUUUGCCCUUAUAUGAAAAGAACACAGGAAAGAGUAUAUUUACUGAUGAAGCUGUUGAUAAGGAAAAGAGUUUUAAACGAAUUACAAAAUACAAUAAUUAUGAAGAGUUUAUAUCAUCAAGUAAGCAUCAUUUUGAAGUUAUAAAUAGAAACAACCAGACAAUUAAAAAUGAUGUUUUUAUAUUUAGUAUAUUAAGAAAAUCAAUGACAGUUAUAUUUAAUUUAAAUGAACAAGUCAUAUAUAAAGAGGUACUAAAAACAAUUAUUUAUCUAAUUGAAAAUAUAAUUGAUGAAAAAGAUGUGAAGGCAUAUUACUUAACUGUUUUUUUCUUAGAUCUUUUAUAUAUAAUUAAAAUUGAAAAUCAAAAAAAAAAGAAAAAUAUUUUUUUUAUUAUGAAAUUUUGUCAAUUUUUAACUGAAAUUUUUAAAUUAAUUUAUCGAGAUGAAAUGAAAAGUGAAAUAAAAAAUGAAAUAAAAAAUGAUAUAAAAUUUGAAAAUAAAUAUGAAUAUGAAAACAUAUCAAUUGAUGAUAUUGAAAAUAGUUUGAAUGAAAAUAAAAUUUCAACUGAAAGUUUUUGUAGUAUCUUUUGUAUUAAGACAGAUGACAAAUUUAUUAAUAUGCAGCAUAAAAAUAUAUCUACACUUUUUUCUGUAAUUUUUAAUUUGUAUGCUUUUAUAAAAAAAAAAUUAAGAUUAUAUUACAAGAAUAACAAGAACCUGAUGAACAGCGAUGAUAAGAACACGAAUUUGAAUAACAACAGUUACAUGUACAACAAUAAUAAUAGCAGCAUUUAUAAUGAACACAACAACAGCAGUAACAUCUACAACGAAGUGAGUGCGAAUAUGAGUGGUGUGAGCGCUGGUAUGACUGGGGGUAAUAUGUUCAACGGAAACGGCAAAAGCGGUGUGAAUAGCACGGGUAAUAACAUAAGCGCGAAUAAUACUAAUACACAUCCAAAUACGAAUAGUAGUAAUCAUACCAAUACGAAUGGUAGUAAUCAUAUCAAUACGAAUAGUAGUAAUCAUACCAAUACGAAUGGUAGUAAUCAUACCAAUACGAAUAGUAGUAAUCAUACCAAUACGAAUGGUAGUAAUCAUAUCAAUACGAAUGGUAGUAAUCAUAUCAAUACGAAUAGUAGUAAUCAUAUCAAUACGAAUAGUAGUAAUCAUACCAAUACGAAUGGUAGUAAUCAUAUCAAUACGAAUAGUAGUAAUCAUACCAAUACGAAUGGUAGUAAUCAUAUCAAUACGAAUAGUAGUAAUCAUAUCAAUACGAAUAGUAGUAAUAAUAAUGCAAACAAUGGCAGUGGCAGUGUCGGUGGUGUGCACUUGAAUCCCACCUAUAAGAAUGACAAUGAUAGGAGUGCUGGAGUUAGUGCAAAUCUAAAUACGAACGAUUCCAGAGGGGUGAACUCAAUGAACAUAGGAGAGAAUACAAAUAUAAAUGGUAGACAGGAUCCUAUGGGUAACAUAGAUAAUAUCAGGAACAACACCAUGAACAAUUUGAACAAUAGCAUUAAUAAGAAUACAAUUGGAAACCAUCUUAAUGAUGGGAAUAAGAUUAAGAACAACAUGGAUAAGGACUUAAAUAUGAUUAAUGUGAACAACACUAUGAGUGAUGGAAACCAGUACAACACAUAUAGAAGAAACAACAGUUACUCUUAUUAUCAUGAAGAAGGGAAAGUUAACAGCCACGCGAAUCUUGGAAAUAGGUUUACCUCCACUGGGGAACACGUCAACAGUGGUAACGUGAAUGAAAUUAUAUGUGUAGACAGUAGGGACGACAGACGAGAAGACAGACGAGAAGACAGACGAGAAGACAGAAGAGAAGACAGGAGAGAAGACAGGAGAGAAGAUAGACGAGCGAACCUAAAUGACAGUAACUUUGAUAAGAACGAGUUUAUUGCUGUGGGAGCGAAUGAAUCAUCUUUUAGUAGUAACAACUACAUAGGAACGAAUUACGGCUUUGAGAACAGUAGUUUUAACCAUUUAAAUGAAAAGAAUAACAUGCACAAUAGUAGUAGCAAUGAUUUGGUUACUCGACAGAUGAACAGCAAUAAGGGGAACAAUGAAUAUUUGAAUAGCAACAUGAGUAACAAUGUUAAUGCAAAUGCUUAUGCAUACGGCAAUGACAGCAAUAACAACAUUAGUAGCCGCAAUGCUAGUAAUAGUCGAGAUGUCAAUGUUUCUUAUAUGAAUAGCAGUAAAUUUAUCUACAAUGAAAAUAUGAACAAUGUAAAUAGUGAAGAUAGGAUGAACCCGAAUAUGUUGUACAGUAAGAAUGCGUCUCCGAGCAGUUUAAGAGACAGCAAUAAUUACAGCAGCGGUUAUUACAAGAGCGUAAAUUUUGAUAGUAGUUUGAACAUGAUUGGUACAGAUAGUGGAAAUAAUAAUCUCGAGGUAGAUAUGUCCGUUCAUAAUAACAAUAACAGUGGAAGUAUGGCUUUUAUUAAGGAAGGUAAUGUUGUUAAAGCUGAUCCCUAUAGUUUACCAGGGAAUAGCGAAAACUCAAAUAUUUUUCCAAAAAAGAGUGAUAUGGAAAAGGAGGUUUUCAGUAGUAGCAAAUUAAAUUUUAGUGGAAAUAUGAUGAAAGAAGACAUGCUUAAAGAGAUAAACUACAACACGAAUACUGGAAGUAAUAUUGGCAGCAACAUUGGUAGUAACGAUGGAAAUAAUAAUGAUAUCUACAGUAACAAUGUUAACAGUAUGAAAUAUAUGAACAAUGUUAAUAGUAUGAACUGUAUGAACAGUAUGAACAGUAUGAACAGUAUGAACAGUAUGAACAGUAUGAACAGUAUGAACAGUAUGAACAAUAUAAACAAUAUAAACAACAGCAACAGCGACAGCAGCAACAACAACAACAACAACAACAACAAUGCUAGUAGCAAUGCUAUUACGAAGAUGGAUGAAAACACACUGGAACGGUCAAAUAAAUAUGAAAAUUCUUUUAUAUACAAUUACAAGGGUAGUAGUAAGCUAAAUAAAAAUAAUAACACACAGAGCGAGGGAUAUAAAAGGAAUAAAAGAGUAGUGCUACUCAAGAUAUGCCUUAAAAAUGUUAUUUCCAUAAAUAAAUUGCUUUAUUUUAUCACACGUAAGGAUUUUCUAUUUAUUGAUAAUUUGUAUUCAAUUUUUAAAGAGUAUAUAAAAAAUAGAAAUGAGUAUAAUAAGGAGAAGGCAAGUGGUAAGCAUGAUUUUUUUCAAGGGAAAAGAGACAACACAGGGUUAAAAAAAAAAAAAAAAAAAAAUUUAAGUAGAAAUAAAGUUAUGCAGGAUGAUGAUGAUGAUGAACAAUAUGGUGAACGGUAUAACGAAUGGUAUGAUGAGCAAUAUGACGAAGAAGAGGACGAGGAAUAUGACGCGGAUGAAGUGGAAGUAGAAAAAAUCGAACUAGAAAGCUUCAUAGAUCAAAAUGGAUUAGUGUUAGGAAAUAAGAAAAUUAAAAGAGAGAAGAUUAGGGAAUAUUUUAAGAGGGAAAAAAAAUUAUUAAAAAAAUUAAAUUUUAUGAACAAGUUCAGUAAAAAUUCGAUAAAAAAAAGUAUGAUUGUAAUGAACAAUUCAGAUGAAUGUAUAGAAAAAAAAAAGUUAUCCUUUUCAAUGACAUUAUUGACAGAGUUUAGUGAUGAUAUUUUAAUAAAAAUUUUAGAUGACUUAUUAAAUUAUUAUGAUAAACAUAAGGCAAAAAUUAAUAUAAAUGAAUAUAUGUAUUUUUUGUUUAACAUAUAUCUGAAUAUAUGCACAUUAACGAAGAGAAUAAUUAACCACUUUAUAGACUUCAUGUUUGCCUUCAUUAAGAAAAUAACACAAACUUCACAGAAUAUUAUGAGCAGUUUAUGGUUUUUGUAUAUUUUAUUUAUUAUAGAAAAUAAUCAUAUAUAUGUAUUUAACGACAAGUUACAGAAGAAAAUAAUAUUAGAACAAAUAAGCAUUUUAAUACAAGUCUCGUUAUAUAGCUAUUAUUCAAAGAAUGUGAAAAAUAAUUACAAUGUUCAGACUCCACUACCUGACUUUGUGCAUCCUUUCCAUAUUCAUUAUAUAAUACAAAAUUAUUUUAUAAAUAAUAAUUUUUUUAAAAAAAAGAAAAAUAUAAGAUACAUAUAUAUGAAAAAUAUCAAUUUAAUUGAAAAGAAUUUUAACAUAAAUGAUUAUUCCGAAAUAGCAGCAAUUAAUGCUCUGUCUUUUUUGCUCAUGUGUUUUUACCAUGCAGUGAAUUACAAUACAGUAACAACUGCUUUAAGUAGUACUGCUGGUGGUGCGACUACUAGUACUACUGCCGCAACUGGUACAGCUACAACUAGUAGUAAUAAUAUAGCAAAAAGUUAUAUAUGCGAGUCUUCUGUUACCCUUUUUUACGAAAAUUUUAGUAAAUAUAUAUCUUUAAUUUAUAAUAACAGUAUACAGAAUGUUUUUUACAGAUAUUCCUUUUUUUUAAUAAUGAAUCUAUUGAUAGAUUAUAAUUAUAACUGUAAAUAUUAUAUAAAAAAGAUUACCUUUGAUUUGUACUCUUAUAUAUCUAAUAUUGAUAUACGGUGUUUAAAGGCUUUGUCAAGUAUUUUCAAAAAAUUGAACGAGUCAAAUAUAGACGAAUUGUUACUAGUCCCUACUAGUAGUAUCUUCUCCUUAAAAUUUAAUAUUAUAAAUUCUAGAAUUAAUUAUAUAAAUAAAUUAUCAUUAAUAAUAUUAGCAGGAAACAGAAAUUUCUACCUAUGUCAUUUACCAAAAAUUGCAGAAAAUAUUUCGGAGUAUUUGAAGUUUUGCACAGAUUUAAAAUUAUAUAGAGAAAUACUAAUUUUAAUAUGUACAAUAAUUAUAAAAAAUGAUGAAAAUGAAAUAUAUAUAAUUAUACCCACCUUUAUAUCAUUAAUAUUACAGAUAUAUCAUGUGGAAAGGGUCAAAUACAAAAUAGCUGUUGAGAAUAUUAAGAAUGUCGAAAAGGAUGAUGAUAAUUAUAUGUAUGAUUUUAAUUCAUAUAAUAAUGCGGAUGUAUUAUCAUUACUUAGAACUUUGUUAAUUAUCAUAAAUAUAUUAGUUAAAAGAAAUGUUAGCUUUAUAAAUUUUUAUUCAUGGAUUUUCUUUAAAGAUAUAUCAAUAAAAAAAAAUUUCUUCUCUAGACAUAAGGAUAUGGGGAAUUAUGUAAGUAGAACUAGAGAUUCUUACAGGAAAGACAUUCACUCAAGGAGGAAGUAUAAUUAUGAUGAUAGUAGUAGUAGGGGUGGUGCUAUUAUGUAUACCUGUUCUUCGACGAACGACAAGGAAAGUACUGGGAAUAUUUCUAUUUAUGAUGAAAGUAUCUCUCUUAGAUUGCAGGGUGUGGAAAGCCAUAACGAGUUGCAUCAUAAGAAUAGAUACAACACUGAUGUUAGCGGUAACCUGCAGGAGAAAGGCGCAAAAUGGGGCAAAACUGAAAACGGCAAUGAUUCAAUAGCAAAUGGUGCACAUAACGUAGUACAGAGUGACCCCAUUAAUAGCAAUAGUGACAGUAGUAACGGUAAUACUGGGAACUACUCGAGGGGUGAACACGAAAUGAUAGGCAAAAAAAAGGGUACAGGGGAAGAGGGGUACUCGGCAUAUAGUGAAGGAGGAAGGGGAGGAAUUAGAAACAUGCCAAGAGACAGAUCAAAAGACAGCGAUAAUGAAAAGAGUGAUAACAUACUGACCAUUUUGCUCAAUGCCAACCAAGAAGAUUAUUAUAACAAAAAUAAUAGUAGCAUGUCAGUGGCACAUAAUUUGAGAAAAAAUAUGAUGCUAAAUAAAGGAAAAAAUGAUGAAUCUAAAUUUGUUGCUUUCCUUGAUAUUAUUGAAAAGUUGUAUGCACCAUCAAGUACUUAUAAUAAUAAGAGGCAUGCACUAGAAAGUGAUGCUAAUGGUGAAACGAGUCCGAGGAAUUUAAGCAAAAAUGGGUUAGAAGUAACUGGGGAGGGUAUUAGCAGUAGCAACAAUGAUAAUAAUAAUAAUAAUAGUAAUAGCAAUAACGAUAAUAGGAACAAUAAUAAUAGCAGUAAUAAUAAUAGCAAUAAUAAUAAUGCUAAUUCGAUGAAACUUUUAGACGAAGAAGAGGAAGACGAAGGAGAUAAUGUCUACACUAAUGAGGACACAAACAAUUUAAAAAAGAAUUUCUACUACUGCAACAAUUAUUUAAGUGAGUAUAUUUUAAAUACCAAAAAUGGAUUAUCCGUGUACUCUUCGUGUGAUAACAAUUUGAGCAGUUCAUCCAUAAAUUCAAUUAGAAGUAAUUUCUCAAAUAACUUUUCCAAAAAUAUAAACAAUAUGUUAUCUGACUACUCUGAUAAUCAUGAUGUAAGCAAUAGCAGUUCAAAUAAUAUAAACAACUUGAACAACAUAGAUAACAUAAUGGUGAAUAUUAAAAAUGACGAAGAAUUUUCAUCAGAUGAUAUUUGUUAUAAGACAAAUGAAAAGUGGAACCAUGUACAUUGCUUAAUGAAUCAUGAUGUUAACGAAUUUUCUAAAAGAAGAAAAAAAAAGAAAAAAAAUAUAUCUAUCCAUUCAUGUAAAAAUGUACCAUUAGUUUUAGUCUAUUUAUCGAAAAAAAUAAAAAUGAAUUUCUAUAAAUAUUCCAUGAAAAAACCAAAGGAUGAAACCCUUAUUUUGUUGAAAGAGUUAAAUUCCGUUGAAAACGACAUCAACGAUUUGUUUUUCGAAGUAGAUCUCGAUGAAAUUUACGCAGACUUCUUGAUGAAUUAG